AUGUCUUUCCUUCAUGGUGUUCUUGAGAGUGUGAAGGAUGAUGAGAACGUUACAACUUAUGAUGAUAAUCAUGAUAUUAAUAUUACUAAGACAAUUAACAAAUUAAAUGAUAGUGUAGGUAAAGGCCGUGAGGCCUUCGGGAACGCCGUGACUCAGGUGGAGGGGAAGACGGGAGAAGUGACUACGGAAUUAGGUGAGUUGAUUGGUAAAUUAUCAUCUGAUGCAGGUGGACAAUACUUUCAAGAGGUGAAGAACCGUGGAGGCGAGGGCCUGGAGAAGCAACUCAACAAGUGGAAGACAACGAUCCAGAGGAUCGAGGAGGACGUCACGGACAUAGAAAAACAACAAAUUAAUAUACUAGAUAAAUCACUUAGCACACGAAUAAUGAAUGAAUAUAUGCCUGUGAAAAAAGUGGUUGCGCACUUAGGGGCUGUUGCCACGAACCCGGCAUUCGGCCCAGCUGUGAAGGCUGUAGAUAGUGAGUUUAUGAAACAGGAAGAGCAUGUAACUCAGGAAAUACAGGCAAAAUCUGCAGUGCUCAGAGAUGCAGUGACUACUAAAUUCGACCUUAUAGAUAAAAGCAUCCGUGCCGUUGAGAAAACGCAGAAAGUUGAUUUGAAGCGCUUAAUGGAACUGGUGGGUGAGUUGGCGGUGGCAGUUGGAGAGGCUGAUAAAGUGUCAGGAACGCUGGUGAGAGAUUAUCAGCGUAUGAUUGUUGAGAAUUUGGAGAGUAUUAAUGAGCACGUUCAACCUCUUGCAACGGAGACCAUUGCUAAUGAACUCAAUCAAGUGUACAAAAGUAUUACCUCAGAAUUGGUAGUGCUUGAUGAUCAGUUAAGGACAAUUGGUAGCGUUGGCCAGAAAGUUACGGGACUGGUGGAGAAUAAGUUGGCUUAUAUUGAAUCUGAGUUGAGCGAAAAAAUAAAGGUACUUAAGGGGGAUAUUAGGAAUAAUGUUGAGGAAUAUUCGAGAACUUAUAUUGGCAGCGUUAUGCAGCAAAUUGGUCUUAUCAACGAGAAGGUUGGUGAACCAAUGGACGGGCACGCCGAUCCGAAGAAUAGAACCAUAUACCACAAUUGGGAGGUGCUUGAUGCAAGAACAACGGGGCUUAUUAAGCGUAUUAACGGCAGUGGAACAGAUUACAAUGGUCUUAAGGGGAUCCAACAUAGGGUAAAGGGGUAUGCUGGAAAUUUCACCAGGAAGAAGUUUCAGAGCAGUAUUUUGACAGGAUGGAUUGAAAGGAUUCUGCGAAAUAAUGGGAUAGUCAAAAAGUGGCUUGGUACAUAUCUCACAAGAAAUCAGAAGCAUAGUAGUAAAUUUAGUACUACGGAUACGGAUCUCCUCCUGAACGGUAAGACAGAAACAUUGCAUAAACCUAUAAAGGAACAGAUUAUGGCAAAGCUUCAGCACGCCGGUGUUAUUGACCAAGUUAAUGUUGAACCGAAGGAGGAUAUUAUAACCAAUGUAAUCGCUGUUAAAAGCGCUUGUAACAAUUUCGCUAACGCGCUUGAUGAGAAAAUGAAGGGUGGAGAAAUUCAGGCUUCUGAAAUCGCCAACACCAUCGCGCCAAUACUGAAGAAUGUUCUUGAAAUUAAAAAUUCGGAAUCCACCGAAGUGGACAAAAUACAGCUGGAAUACGCCGUUCAGGCCGCUAUAGCUGCCCUGUCUGCGACCGCAAGACAAAACGCCAAAACAAUUUGGUCAUUCACUACUAAGAAAACAAAUGGAUCUAACAUGUUUGAUUUCAACCUAGGCUUUAAUCUAGAAGCAGCUAUAGCGCAAGUAGACCAAAUUAAAGAGAUACACGGCGGCGACGCAGACAAUGGCGUUGAGCCAGGAGAUAAAAUUACCAAGGCGCUGAAGGAGGUGAAGCAAAAGAUUGAGACGCUAUUAGAGAAUCUUACGGAUGCGACUAAAAAAUCGUUUGCUCCUAUUACUUCGUUUCCUCCAACCAAGGCCGUGGCACUCACCGACAAAAUCGAUGCCAGGGUCCAACAUAACGUUGAUCCGGUCGACUUCGACACUCCACUAAAAGCCCUGCUGAACAGAUCAGCCAAAGAGGGUGUCAACAUGUUAGACACUGAGAUUAAACAAAUCCUGAAUGGACAACUUGGCACUGUUAAACCUAACAUAGAAGCGGAAAUUAAUACCCUGAAAAGAGAUCACACCGGCGCCACGUCAGGUGAAAUUCAACAAAAAAUUAGCGAACUUCAGGACAAAAUCACGAGGCUCAUAUCGUCCGUCGGUAAUGUUAACAAUAAAGCUAAAAGUGAAAUAAAAUCCCAGGUGACGUCUGUGCAAAAGCAAGUCGGCAACCUUAAAGAGGACAUUACGAAAAUUAACUUACAAAUCACAGCGUUUAAUGCGUCUCUUCAAAAGGUCAUCGAAGAAGCACAGUCUACUGUCGAUGACGCCCGCGAGACCCUGCAACGCCAAAUCAAUGAAACGCAAACUGCGCUCACCGAAGCAGCCGAACAAGCCUUCAAAGAGGUGUACACGAAGGUAAAAUCCACGUUCGCCGAAGGCCAUCUGGCCGACUUGGAAGCGCUCCAUAAAUUAGUCACCGACCAAAAAACUCAAAUCGAUAAAAUAAUUGCCAAAGACAAUAGAAAAGGCCUGAAAGGUUUUUUCGACAAAUUAUUACGUACAGUGCUAGAUCACGAAAAGGAUUUAAUAUCGAAAUCCAAAGUGACUGCAGAAGAACAUAAAUUCGUCAAAGAAAUAAAAGAAUUCCUUCAUGUGUUCUUCACGUCUGUAUAUAUCCAAAAUGAUUUUGUGGAAUUCGAAUCAUCAUUUAAUCCCAUCGUGGAAAGUACGCAUGAUAUGCUUCAACAGCUUGAAGAAUCUAAGCGCUUCGAUCACACUUUUAUCAAAAACCUUGACAAUCUUAAUCUCGCACUGCAUAACUUCGAACCUAAGAAAUUCUCUGAGCCGUGUUCCAUAUUGCUUGAUGCCUUGAAAGAUGGGCUCAAUGCCCUGGCCUCUCAGCUAGGCUAUGCGUAUGUUAGCAGCUAUGAUGGCGCUCCGCCUAUAGCUAGUUGGGAGUACCGCGACCGUAAAUCUAAAAAAACUCUACCAACUGAGGAAGCCAAAAUGUGCGCCAAGGUUUUUAUGACCUGCGUGCAAAUGUUGUUGGACAACCUCAGUGAGCUGCGGAGCAACUGUGGCAGUAAAGACAUCUGGCAAAACAAGACAAUCUCUUUGACCGAAACCGGGACGCAUGGAAAUAUUAUCACUAAUCCUCUCGGAAGCUUUUUCCAGCGCUGCGGUUACCGCGUUUCCUCUGCUCCGAACAAGCACACCGGGGAGUUGCGGAAUACCACAGCCUGCAGGGGCGGGGAUAUUAACGGCAAGUUGAAUGAGCAAAUUAAUAGCAAAGAUUAUCUAAUUAGAGACGAAGACUUGAAGAAAGAAAAGCCCUUAAACAAGGAUGAGGAGACAGAUGACAAGAAGUCUCCAAAGCAACAUGGCAUCCUCAAGCAGCUGUUCGACCACCUCCAUCAAUAUUACACCGUUUGCCACUACUCCACAUUACAGUCCAAGACAUAUCCAUCCUCUGUCUGCGACAUGCUCAAAUGGCUCUGUGGCCUCACUCACAAUCCCGUGUAUGCCGAUUUGUCAGUCAACGGCUAUGAUAAGCUGUUAGAGCAAUAUCAGGAGAAAGAUGAGGAGAACGACGACGCUGAUGAAGGUCCCACAGUUGCCGUCCUCAAUGACCUGUCGUUGGAAGCCUAUCCACAUCCAAUAGCAGUGUCAAAUCUAUCAGAUGCCCUUCAGGACGUCUGCCAUUAUUCCUACGACGUCCUCACUGGUGUCCUUGGCUUCGGCCAUGAUGACGGCGUGUACGCGUGUGACUACAACAUCAACCAGGGAGGCCUGUCAUAUCCGACGAACAUGGACACUUUACUGUGCAUGAUAUGCGAUGUCAUCAACCGCGUGUACCGUCAGCUCCACUUCUUGUUCCAGCAGUGUAGGUACGAUAGUACGCUCAGCGGCUGGGCGGACUGCUGGUAUGGUAAUGGAGUCGGGGGGUCAGCAUGGAAGUGUAACUCCAUGCAGUGCCCUGGUCAAGGGGGUGACCAAAGUGCUACCCAAAAGCACAACCAAAAGUGUAACCAAAAGUGUGAGCAACGUGUUAUGUGCGGUGUGAAAUCGCCACUUCAAUCAUUCCUGGAAGAUGGGUUGCAGGGCUUCCUCCCUCACAGCCUCAAGUCUGAGAGGGGAAAACUUGAGUGUUCACUUAAAAGCCAUGGCGGUGUGCCGUGCAUAACGCCUAUGGGCUUUGCAGGAAUUGCCGGAUUAGCGUCACACAGGCGAACAGGACAAUUCCUCAUGGAAGUGCUUGCUGACUUCUGCGGCAAUCAAAAGUCUCCGCUCACUAAGAUAUGCAGCCUGUUCAACUGCGUUCUCCCUAGUCCGCCGAAAUCGCUGAGUGAUAUGUUCGGCUUUUACUACAGUUUGCUUUGUGGGUGGGAAGACAGCAGUAAACGCUAUGAGAACCGUAAGCAGCACAGGGAGACGGCGUUUAACAAUGCGGUCAGCGGCGCCGAUUUCGAUAACCCAUCCACCACACUGGACAUCACUGAUAUGUUCAAAAGCAGCAAUCAUAUUCUUCCGAAGCCCGCCGAUCAGACUACUACCCACCUCACCGGUGAUCUGUAUGCUCUUGUCAACUGCGCGGAUGCAAAAUCGCACACUCCAUCGCAUCCCUGUGGACCGUAUCUCAAACCUUUGUGCAGUGACAUAUGUACUAUGUUCUCAGCAAAGCACGCCAACAAGUACGUGUCGUGGAUUGUCUUCUUGACUGAGUCUUUCUACGACUUGCUCAAGAGACUGUUGGAGGACUGCGAGAAGACGUGCGGCGCUGAAGCUAGGAGAUGCAAAAUUGGCAAAUGCAGUGAGGGGUGCAAGACAAAGAAGUUGCCGUAUGGUAAAGACUCCAAACAUGACAAAUCAUGUAGAUCCAUUGUGGACUGUAAUUAUAUUCGUCCGACAUUCUACAAAUAUGGAUUCAUACACGAGAGCGUCAGCAGCCUCAGUGGUGUAGCAGGAGUAGAAGGUAAGAGGACCUGCGCAGAUUUCUGCGCAAUUUUGAAGAUAGUGACAGGCGAAAAGAAGACACUGCAUACCAUCGUGUUCGAGAAAAUUACAGGAUUUUUGUGGGCGAUUAGGGAGAAAUUCUUUUGGACUCUCCUAGCCCUCUGGUCGCUCUCGCUCCUGUACCUGCUGCACAUCGCCGUCGUCCGCCUCGACGUCCUGAGGAUCCGCUCACACCUGAGAUCACCCGUAAGCCACCGCAUCGCCGCACAGUCCCUGCUCGCCGCCGCACGCGUCAGGGCACUCGGCAACGUCAAGUACUUCUCACCAUAA